AGUUGGGCGUGUUUCCAAGUGCCAUUUUAUUGUUGAUGUUUUCGUAUUUCUUGGAUUCAAACUGUACAAACAGUUAAUUCUUCAUAAUGUCUUACUUAUAUUUCCUGAUGUUAAUUAGUUUAAUAAGGACAGCGUUCAGUGUGAGAUGUUACCAAUGUGCUUCAUCACAAAAUAAAGAAGAUACUUGUGGUGCAUACAAAAAAUUUGAUGUCGAUAGCCACAUAGCGGUUGAAUGUAACAGCGACGAAUCCCAUAUGCCAGGAUCUUUUUGUAUGAAACUCACCCAACAAGGGCCCAAAGGAUUUAUUUGGGACGGUAGAUGGCGUCAAGUUAUACGACGCUGUGCAUCUGUGGCUGAGACAGGUGUAACAGGGGUAUGUAACUGGGGUGUUUACCCCAAUGGUGUAUAUUGGGAAGAAUGUUAUUGUUCGGCAGAUGAGUGUAACAGUGCUACCAACAUGAAAACUUCAUUUGUUGCUAUGUUCAGUAUGUUGACUGUGUGUUAUGUAAGUAGAGUAUUAAUAUAACAGUAAUAUUUUUUUACUACUUUGUUGGCUACAAAAUAACUGGUAUUAAAAUCAUGUAAUUGAAAACAGUUCAAAUAUUUUGAGACCAGAAAGUCUAAGAACCAGUUAUUUUAAUAUCAAAUAGAAAAAUACAACUUAUUUCAAUAUUGUAUUUAUAUUAUACAUAUUUGUGUUAAUUAUUAAAACAUUUUUACAACCAAUUCAUGUCAGUUUCUUGUCUAUGGCACUUCCUUAGCGGAUUGGGCCAGUGUUAACUUUCAACCAAUUUGAAUUUAGAAUUGUUUUAUAUGUGACAAUUUUCUUUUUAUCUACACAAAAGGCUAUCGCACAGAAGAAUUCUAAUUAAUAAUUUUAUGUCUGUCUCUUAAUAUGUUUUUAUUAUGUCUAGUAAUCAUGUAAAGUGCCUUAUCAGCCUCACUUUAUAGGAAUUUCAAAGUAACAUUGUAAAAUUUGUUAACUGCAAGUAUACUGCCAGAUACCACUAUAUAAGUUAGUUAUAUUAAAUAUUAUAUAAGAAAUUAGUGCCUUAAUUAUUGAACUAAAAUGUGUAACAAUGCCGUCCAAAUUUAUGUUAAUAAUUCAAGAUAUUCAUGUUUUUAUAUUAAUUAAUAUACAUAGAUAUAUUGAAAAUACGUCACUUUUUAACAUAGUAUGCUGAGGGUAAAAGUAUGGAUAAGUGCUUAAAAUUAUACCUAACAUAAGGUAAGAACAUGUGUAUUUUAAGUUAUGUAUUUGUGUAAAUGAAUCCGCCCAAGUGUUACUUAUCUUUCCAUGUUAAAAACAAUGUUAAGAGAAUCUCAUUACUUAUUACUUUGUGUUUGGUUUUUACAAUAAAGGUAUUUGUAUC